AUGAUGUGCCUGGAGAGCGGCGGCUCCGCGGCCGGCAGCCCGGGCUGCAGCGGGCGGCUCCGAGCGGGGGACGAGGAGGAGGAGGAGGAGGGCGAGCGGGGCUGCUGCGGCCGGGGCGCCGAGGGCGAGGUACAGACCCUGUCGGGCAGCAUGAACCCUCCGCCCGCGGGCAAGAGCCCCGAGCGCCUGGCCCCUCGCCACAAGCCCCGUAGCCUGGGCAGGGCCCGGGUAGCGGCCGCCGGCAUCCUCAGCGUGGGCAACGUGCUCAACUACCUGGACAGGUACACGGUGGCAGGUGUAUUACUAGAUAUCCAGCAGCAUUUUGGAGUUAAAGACAGUGGCGCUGGCUUGCUACAGACAGUUUUCAUCUGUAGUUUCAUGGUGGCAGCACCUAUAUUUGGUUACCUUGGUGACCGCUUCAAUAGGAAGAUCAUUCUCAGCUGCGGGAUCUUCUUCUGGUCAGCUAUCACCUUUUCAAGCUCCUUCAUCACUGAGCAGUAUUUCUGGCUCCUCGUCCUCUCACGAGGUUUGGUUGGCAUCGGUGAAGCCAGUUAUUCUACCAUCGCUCCCACCAUCAUAGGAGACCUUUUCACCAAAAACACCAGAACCCUCAUGUUGUCUGUCUUCUACUUUGCAAUCCCUCUUGGCAGUGGUUUGGGAUACAUCACUGGAUCAAGUGUGAAGCAAGUAGCAGGAGACUGGCAUUGGGCAUUGCGGGUAUCUCCACUCCUAGGCAUGAUAACAGGGACACUCAUCUUGAUAUUUGUACCUGUUGCUAAAAGAGGCAAUGUGGAACAGCUGGGGGGACAGCUGAAGGCUCGGACCUCAUGGCUAAGAGACAUGAAGGCACUGCUCAGAAACCGCAGCUAUGUGUUCUCGUCGCUGGCCACCUCCGCCGUCUCCUUUGCCACAGGGGCGCUGGGUAUGUGGAUCCCCCUCUACCUUCACAGGGCACAAGUUGUGCAGAAGACUGUCGAGACCUGCAGUUCAGAGCCCUGCGGCACCAAGGACAGUUUGAUCUUCGGAGCAAUCACGUGCUUCACUGGUUUUCUGGGCGUGAUCACCGGGGCUGGGGCAACCAAAUGGUGCCGGUUAAAAACCCAGCGAGCUGACCCCCUGGUGUGUGCUGUCGGCAUGUUAGGGUCAGCCAUCUUCAUCUGUCUGAUCUUUGUUGCUGCCAAGAGCAGUAUUGUGGGAGCCUAUAUUUGCAUUUUUAUCGGAGAAACUCUUCUGUUUUCAAACUGGGCAAUCACAGCUGACAUACUAAUGUAUGUGGUUAUCCCGACACGACGCGCGACCGCAGUGGCCUUGCAGAGCUUCACUUCUCACCUACUGGGAGAUGCUGGCAGCCCCUACCUGAUUGGAUUCAUCUCAGAUCUGAUACAACAAAGCACAAAGGAGUCCCCGCUCUGGGAGUUCCUCAGUCUGGGUUAUGCGCUCAUGCUCUGCCCAUUUGUCGUCGUCCUUGGAGGGAUGUUUUUCCUGGCCACGGCCCUCUUCUUUCUAAAUGACCGCACCAAAGCUGAACAACAGGUGAAUCAACUGAUGAUGCCACCAGCCUCCGUGAAAGUCUGAGAUGCUGACAUUAUCGAUGAUGAAGGAAAUGCUGUGUGGACUCCAGCUCCCACAACCACCACUCCAACCUCCUGAUAGGAAACUUCCGUACUGGACACAAGCAAAAGUUCCAGCUCCGGGCUGCAUUUGGAGUCUUAUUGAGUGCUAAACUAAUGACUUCACUCUAACCAGCUGCUGGGUCGGGGUCAAAGACACAAAUGGGGAUGGCCUAGCUAUCAGGGCUUCUAAGCCUAAGGAUAUUGUAGGGUUUCCCCACAUGGCUGAGUGUCCGAAGAGCCCACCAUCAUACUACCCGUGUGUGUGACUGUACAUUGUGUAUACAGUUUUAGGUUUAGCCAGUGAAGUCUACAUUGCAUACAGGGCAACUUCCGUCCUAUUAAAUGCUGCCAGUUCUGUUAGGCAGAGACUAUGCUAGCUGGGGACCUUUUCUGUACAUCACAGCUUUACAAAUUGAAGGCUCAACCCAGAUUUCUUUAAUUAUUAUUUAAACAUGUCAGAGGAUGCUUUAUCUUCAUGAAAGACAUUAAAUACAGCUCUAUCAAAUCUCUGUUUUAACUUUGAGCAUCUCGAAAGGCCCAUGCACCUGUACUGGAUGUGAAAGCUUCCACUGUGUUGCAGCAUCUAUCCCCAAGAGGGCUCCAAGGGAACAUUCAGAAAGUAUGGCACAGACCUUCAAGCAACAGCAUCCUGCUUAAGGGAAUACCAGAGGAGCUAGCAUGGACAUCCGUCUCUUAUUCUUGAACAGCUGGGAGGAGGAAACAUCUCUCCCUGCACAAGAUGUUCUUUGGGAUUGUUAGAGAAGAGCCAGGAAAACCACGGUCAGUGAUAUCUGGUGGGUU